CGCCAAAAAUGCAACUUUUAACGCUCUCUUUCACUUCGUUUCAGAGCAAGCAAGCAGAGCGACGAACAAACAGCAAUACCCAGUAGAAGAAGAUGACACUGGCAAAAUUACAAGCUCUAACGUGCGCAGUGCGUGUUACAAUAAUAACCUACGCACUCACGUUCUCUUCAGUUUCAUCUCUUCACGUUAAUGACGCCCCACAGAACCCUACAAUACUCCAAGUCACAGACGAUUCCAAUUCCUUUCUCUCCAGAAACGCUCUUCUGGGUACUGCUACGGAGCAGAAAUUCAAGUCUUUCAUUCAAAAGUACGGGAAAAAUUACUCUACCAGAGAGGAGUACGUGCACCGCUUGCGGAUAUUCGCGAAGAACAUGAUGAAGGCAGCUCAGCAUCAGCUGCUUGAUCCCACGGCGGUCCAUGGGGUGACUCCUUUCUCCGAUUUGUCUGAGGAGGAGUUUGAGAGAUUUUACACAGGGAUGAGAGGCGGGCCAGCUGGUGGGGGUGACGUUGAGGAUGUGAAGAUGAUGGACAAUUUGGAAGUGGAUGAUUUGCCUGAGAGCUUUGAUUGGAGAGAAAAGGGUGCCGUUACUGAGGUCAAGAUGCAGGGCACGUGUGGAUCAUGCUGGGCUUUUAGCACCACCGGAGCUGUUGAAGGAGCCAACUUCGUUGCAACUGGGAAGCUUCUUAAUCUCAGCGAGCAGCAGCUCGUCGACUGCGACCACACGUGUGAUGCCAAGGACAAAAAGGAAUGUGAUAAUGGCUGCUAUGGAGGCCUUAUGACAAACGCCUGCAAAUAUUUGAUCGAGGUUGGAGGACUUGAAGAGGAAAGUUCAUACCCCUGCACUGGAAUAGGAGGUGAAUGCAAGUUCAAUCCUGGGAAAGUAGCUGUAAAAGUUGUGAAUUUUACCAAUAUUCCUGUCGACGAGCAACAAAUCGCCUCACAUUUAGUUCAUCACGGCCCCCUAGCAAUUGGACUGAAUGCGGUGUUUAUGCAAACUUACAUUGGGGGUGUGUCGUGCCCGCUCAUCUGCGGCAAGCGAUGGAUCAACCACGGUGUUUUACUUGUCGGAUACGGUGCCCAUGGGUUCUCCAUUCUAAGGCUGGUCAAUCAGCCGUACUGGAUCAUCAAGAAUUCAUGGGGCAAGCAGUGGGGAUAAAAUGGGUACUAUCGGCUUUGUCGUGGUCGGGGGAUGUGUGGAAUGAACACUAUGGUUUCUGCUGCAGUCACUCAAAUCUCCUAAGAAAAAAUUAGUCAUUUUUUAUGAUUUUCUGAUGUUUAGAAUAAUACGCAUCAUUAUAUAGACAUACAUCUUAUAUUA